UCAAGUCAUUAUAUCUAUUUUAAUUACGGUAUUAUUGUGUAAUUUAAUUAUCUUCAUUAAGUUAUGUCCACCAGAGCUCGAUUACAUGUAUGAUUUAAGAUCCAUCAUGUCUAAUUCAAGUAUUCCAAGCUCACAAAUGACUGACACUAGUAAAGAUUUACACUGUUCGACGAAAUUGAAUUACCGUACUAUCGGCAUCAGGUGGACCAUCGAAAAUUACGAUGUUGUCUGUAAAACGGUGAAAUUACUUAAAUCACCUGAAUUUCCUGAAAGCGAAGAGGAAUCGCAAAAAUGGUAUAUUGAAUUUGAACCGUUGGCAAUAACUCCAGAUAGCAAAGAAAUUCAGCAUAUCUGUAUAAAAAGAAAAUUUACGGACUAUUUGUAUGUUGAGAUGCUGCUUUGCGUUGAAACUGAGUCAAACCAAAUUUAUAAGGAUUCCUAUGCAUUUGAGCUGUCUAACAGUCGAUACGUAUGCUAUAAGCUAGCAGUGAAAAAAUUAUACAAACAAUUGUUUAAGAAUCAAACUUUAAAUAAAAGUAUAGUAAUUAUAUGCAAAAUGCGAAUUUUCGAUACCACUCAACCCAAAACUGAAACUGCCUCUAGAGAAAACACAUCUUACUUUUUCGAAUCCAGUGAUUUGACUCAAGACAUCUCUAAAUUGCUCCUCAAUGACCAAACGUUCCAGGACGUAACCAUUUCUAUCCAGGGAAAAAUAUUUGGUGCCCAUAAAAAUAUUCUUGCCGCACGCAGUGAAGUUUUCGCAGCAAUGUUCAAACAUGAAAUGUCUGAGAAAUGCAACUCAUUAGUCGAAAUCAUGGACCUGACGCCAGAAGUGGUUCAAAAGAUGCUCAGCUUUAUCUAUACGGAUAAAGUAGACGACGAGGUUUUGAAAAAGACAGCCCCUGAACUUUUAGCUGCUGCGGAAAAAUACAAUUUGCAAAGGCUGAAGGAAAUGUGUGCUGCAGCCAUACACCGAAAUCUGGCUGCUGACAAUGUACUCAAUACCCUCAAAGUUGCUGAUUUAUAUUCGACUUCAAAUUUAAAGAAAGUUGCUUUAAAGUUUUUGGCAUCACACCAUCGAGUUUUAAAAAGUCAGGACGAAUUUAAAACCUUGAUUGCCGAACGUCCACAUCUUACAGUCUAAUUUCUUGAUAUUCAUGAUAACAUUCUAGCAACUUCAAAAGAUAUUUCAUCAGGUAUUGAUUCGUUAUUCAGAAUAAGAGGAUGACAUCUUAUGAAGUUUGGAAUUUCGCUCAAUAUUUUUAUAACAAAAUCUCAGUAUUUAAUUUUUAUCUUGAUUAAUAAAGGAUUUUCAUGUAAUUUCACCCAGUUGAAUCCUAGUCGAAUCACCGAUGCUCAUCUCGUGACCUUUCCUUGUUAGUUCAAUUCCCUUUAAGGAAAGAUACCUAAAAAAAACUUGAGUUUAAUAAAAAAUAAUUACAAUUUGAAUUUUCUU